GUCGGUGUUCGACUCAUACACAAGGAUCUUCACUUAUUCAGUCAGUAAGUAUUUAAAAAAAUGCUCAUACGAUUAGUUAUUUUCGCUAGUAUUGUACAUGUGUUUGACAGAGUUGUAAGUCUUGAAAGUGAGGUUGUAUUUCGGAGAAAACCUAAGCGGUUUUUGGGGAAUCAUGUCAUAAAAAUAUCCAAGACAAGAAGCGAAUUUGAUUGUGGUUAUGCGUGCGCCGAUGAGCCUGAAUGCGUGUCAGUUAACUUCAAAGUGAAAGGAGAAAAUGAAGGUUUAUGUGAGCUUAAUUCUCGAAGCCUCAAAGAAUCCCCCGAAGAAGUGCGAAGCGAUGAAGAAUAUGUGUAUCUUGAAGUUUUAACGCGGAGUUGCAAUGAGAAUGAAGAAUUUUCAGAAGAAACAAAGAAAUGCAAACAGUUUUUCAACUCAUGCAAAGAUGCUUUGACUAAACACGAAAAUUCCACCGACGGAAUUUACCGUCUCAAGUCCAAUACGUCAGGCGAAUACUAUGACGUGUUCUGUCACAUGACCGAUAUUGAAACAUGUGGUACCGGAGGCUGGACACUAGUCAUGAAGUUGGACGGGAAUAAGAAUACAUUUAUUCAUAACUCUCCCCUGUGGACGAACAACGAGACAUACGCGAUACAAGAUGGUUUGGAAGGACUGACAGAGAAAGAAAGCAAGUUGGCUUCGUACUGGAAUACUCUGUUCACAAAGAUAUGCCAGGGAAUGAAAUAUAACGGAGAAACAAAUUGGAUAAACCUGAACUACAGCGCGAGUUCGCUGUUCAGUGUGAUCGCAGACGGAAAAUUCCGGGCAACAACCGCUGGCCGAGCUGCAUGGAAAUCGUUAAUGGCAGGCUCAUCACUGCAGUAUAACUGCAACAAAGAGGGGUUCAAUGUACCGUUGAAUAAAAAAAAUAGAAAAAUUCGCCUUGGGAUCGUUGCCAAUAACCAGGAACACUGUGAUUCGUGCGAUUCUUGGCUUGGUCUAAGCAUUCUUGAUGAUACGUACCACGAGGUCUGUGGCAAUACGGCGAUCUGUUGCUUUAAUAGCGAUAAUGGGAACAAAACCAUUAAAGCAUUCGGAUAUAUUCUAGUACACUAGUUUUUAGUUUACAUGCA